UGCUGAUGCAAGGACCACAGACUCACAUAUCAGCCCGUCUGAGGGAUUUCAUCGUCCUCAACGUUGACCCCAAAAGUGUCCACAAGAAGGCGAUUUCUAUCAUGGGUGAUGAGGUGUUUAGCUUCACCAUGAGUCUGACUCCUAACGCCACGGAGGGCGCCGGUUACGCUGACACCUCCAAAACUGAUGGUAGAGUGAAGCUGAACGUGGGCUGCAUCCAGGUGGUUUACCUGCACAAGUUCAUCAUGUCUCUGCUGAACUUCACCAACAACUUCCAGACGGCUAAAGAAGCUCUGAGUGCUGCCACGGCUCAGGCGGCGGAGAAGGCGGCAUCCAGUGUUCGAGACUUCGCCCAGAAGAGUUUCCGUCUGUCCAUGGACAUCAAGCUGAAGGCUCCGCUCAUCAUCAUCCCCCAGUCCUCCACCUCCCAUGAUGCACUUGUGAUGGAUCUGGGUCUGAUCACAGUGGGAAAUAGCUUCUCUCUGCUGCCCGUUGAUGGAUGUCCGCUGCCGGUCGUCAUCGACAACAUGGACGUCCAGCUGACGCACCUCAAACUCUCCAGGACCUGUAUGGAUCCGGCGACUGGUCGACCCACGACGGAGCUGCUGGAACCAGUAAACCUGCACCUGAACAUCAAGAGGAACCUGGCAGCUUCUUGGUACAAGAAGAUGGUCGCUGUGGAGAUCGAUGGAGAUCUGAAGCCCAUGAAGGUGGAGCUGAGUCAGGAUGACUUGAAGGUGCUGCUGAGGAUCCUGAUGGAGAACCUUGGAGAGGCUGGCAGUCUGGAGCCCAGCACCCCCAGACAGGAGGCCGGAGUUCAGCUCCAAGCAGCAGGAGGCCCCCCUACAGGUGAUGUCGGGAAAGCAGCUGUAAGCAGCGAUGAAGAGGAGGACAAAGCUCUGGAGACCCUGAAGUUUAAUUUCAGCAUUGAGUCUCUCGGUCUGGUUCUGUACGGCAGUGACUUCAAACAGCCAUCAGACCUGCAGCACCAGGAAAACCUCAGACUGGGAGAGUUUGCCCUCCACCUGUUGAAGGCCUCAGGGCGGAUCUGGACCAAUGGCAGCAUGGAGGUGACCACUGUCCUGGGCGCCUGCACGCUGGACGACCUGAGGACGGGCAUGGAGAGGGUGACGUCACGGAUGGUCGGCCGCAGAGAUGAGGACAGCCCCGAUGCCAUGAUCGAUGUGACGUAUCGACAGAGCGCCGCAGAGCGGGAGGUGGUAGCUGUUCUGCAGAAACUCUACCUCUGUGCCAGCGUGGAGUUUCUGAUGGCAGUGGCAGAUUUCUUUCUGCAGGCUCUGCCGCAGAGUUCAACCAAGACCGCCGCCGGUGCCAUUCAGAGUGACAGGCUGCCGCUGAGACAGACCACUGAGCCACGAGCCGACAACAAGCCCGCCUCGGUGGUCAGGACUCGUCUGCGGGCGGUGGUGGUGGAUCCGGAGGUGGUGUUUGUGGCCAGUCUGAUGAAAGCCGACGCCCCCGCCCUUGUAGCCUCGUUUCAGUGUGACUUCACGCUGCAGGCGGAGGAGGACGGUACCCAGAACAUGAGAGCCAACCUGAGGGAGCUGAAAGUCCUCGCCUGCCCCUUCAUCCGAAACAAGGAGGACAAGGCAGUCACCACUGUGCUGAGACCCUGCUCUGUUGCCUUGGAAACCAAAACCCACCCUAACCAACCACUGAGCGGCGUUGUGACGGUGGAGGAAGUCAUCGUCAAGAUCUCUCCGUUCAUCCUCAACACAGUGAUGACCAUAACAGCCGCUAUGACGGCAAAGCAGCAUGACGAGCAGAGUUUGGAGCUGCAGACGGACGUCAGUGACCUCUGGUCGGUCAUGAACAUCUACGGCUGUAACUACUGGUUCCUGGGAGUGGACCAGGCCACUGAGAUCACAGAGAGCUUCAGAGAGCAGGACGGACACAACGAGGGUGAGAGCUUCACCGCAGAGGUCAAGGUGGUCCAGGUGACUCUGGAGUCCGGUUUGGGUCAUCGGACCGUCCCUCUGCUGCUGGCCGAGUCCUCCUUCAGCGGAUCGGCCAAAAAUUGGUCGUCUCUGCUGCAGCUGAGAGCCGACAUGACGCUGGAGGUGAACUACUUCAAUGAGAUCCAGGCAGUGUGGGAGCCUCUGAUCGAACGAGUCGACAGUGGCAGACGCAGGUGGAACCUGGAGCUUGAGAUGAAGAACAACCCAGUCCAGGACAAGAGUCCAGUUCACGGAGACGACUUCGUGAUUCUGCCUGAACCUCGAACGGCCGUCAACAUCUGCUCCAAAGACACCAUGAACAUCACCAUCUCCCAGUGUAGCCUCAACGUGUUGAACAACCUCGCCAAGGCGUUCUCAGAGGGCACAGCCUCCACCUUUGACUACUCUCUGAAGGAGAAGGCCCCCUUCACCAUCAGAAACUCUCUGGGGAUUCCACUCAUCGUGCAGCACAGCGCCAACCUGAGGCCGGUGGGUUCGUCAGCGCAGGGAAAACUUCACGAGCUGUCUGUGGAUCAGAGCAUGGACCUGGAGCACUCCAUGUUCGAACCGUCGUCACGUGGCAAACUGUCGGCUCUGCAGCGCCAGGAGAGCUGCUUGUUCAACCUCACCAUUGUUCCCUCCGGAUACAGCGAGAUCCCCAACAUCGCUGUCGACAAACCCGGUCGUCGUCUUUACAACAUCCGUGGUCCGAUGCUGCAGGAGGCAGUUUCUGUGCUGCUGCAGAUCGAUGCUGCCGAGGGCAACAAGGUCAUCACUGUCCGCUCGCCGCUGCAGAUAAAGAAUCACUUCUCGGUGCCAUUCACCAUCCUGAAGUACUGUCCCACGUCCAGGAGCCUGCAGAGCAUCGGACAGGCUGAACCAGAGACAGAGUUUCACAUCGCCUUGGAAACGUACAGAUGUCAGCUGUUUGUGCGUCCGGCGGGUCCUCUCGAAGGUCAGUACGGCCCUUCAUCCACCUGCGUGGCGUGGAAGGAGCAGGUCCACCGUAGCUCAGAGGUGCGUUCAGUACUGCAGUGUCCCGCGACCGACAGCAGUCUGCUGCCGCUGAUGGUCAGCACGCUGGCUGUCCCUGACAACCUGCGACACAUUGCAAGUCAUGGAGAGGAGGACUGGGACCCAGCCUACAUCAUCCACCUCCACCCUGUGGCCACGCUACGAAACUUGCUGCCGUACACUGUCCGCCACAUGAUGGAGAGCUCAGCAGACUCCUAUGAGCUUCAGGAAGGCAGCACGUCGGACCUCCUGAAUGCUCGUGUCUCAGGUGAGAUCGUGUCGCUGGUGCUGAUGAGGUAUCAGGGCCGCGACUGGCACGGACACAUUCGUAUCGAACAGGAAAUGCCUGAGUUCUUGGCUGUGUGUCUCACCUGUGACUCGGACACCAACAUGACGGUGGAUGUGAGCAUUCACGUGACGAGGACAAGGAGCCGCCUGCUGCUGUCACUCUUCAGCCCGUAUUGGAUCAUCAACAAGACUUCUCGAGUGCUGCAGUACAGAGCCGAAGACAUCAGCGUCAAACACCCGGCCGACUUCAGAGACAUCAUCCUGUUCUCCUUCAGGAAAAAGAACCUGUUCAGCAAGAACAAGCUCCAGCUGUGUGUCUCCACCAGUUCCUGGUCGGAUGCAUUCUCUCUGGACACUGUGGGAAGUUACGGCUGCGUUCGCUGUCCCGCCAACAACAUGGACUUCCUGGUGGGCGUCAGUAUCCAGAUGAGCAGUUUUAACCUGACCAGGAUCGUCACCAUGAGUCCGUUCUACACGCUGGUUAACAAGUCUUCAUAUGAGCUGGAGGUUGGAGAAGUCACCGGUCAGACCUCCACCAAGUGGCACUACAUCUCCUCCACCGAGUGUCUCCCUCUGUGGCCUGAGAAUGGUUCAGGGAAGUUGUGCGUCCGUGUUGUCGGAUCAGAAUCCACCUCUAAGUUCUUCUUCUUUAACCGUCAGGACAACGGCACCCUGCUGAGCCUCGACAUGUGCGGCGGCAUCAUCGUAGACGUCAACAUCUCUGAUCUGUCGACCGUCAUCAGCUUCAGUGAUUAUUAUGAAGGAGCAGCUCCGGCCCUGCUGCUCAACCACACGCCUUGGGUCACCAUCAGCUACAGGCAGAGCGGCUCGCAGGUGGUUCACCAGCUGAAACCCAAUGAGGCUCGGCGGUUUGUGUGGGAUGACCCAGCAGGAAACCGAACGCUCAGCUGGAGCUGCAUGGAACACUCUGGAGAGCUGGAUCUGCUGAAGGAUGAGGUGGGUCAGUUCUCCUACGACAGCCUGUCUCAGGUUCACUGGGUUUCCUUCCUGGACGGACGCCAGCGGGUGAUGCUGUUCACCGAGGACGUUGCCGUGGUGACGAAGGCCCGGCAGGCUGAAGAGCUCGAACAGUUCCAACAGGAAGUGAAGGUGUCGCUGCAAAACCUCGGACUGUCACUGAUCAACAACGCCAGCCGCCAAGAGAUCUCUUACAUUGGUAUCACCAGGUAAACAAAUCAGCAGGUGAACACAUCACCAGGGCCCUUUUUCAGAGAGCAGGAUCAACAAACUCAGCCUGAUCCUGAUCUCUGAGUUUACUGAGCCUGAGCUGAGAAACUCUGAGUUUUUGGUUCCAGAACAGUUGAUCAGAAUCAGUUCAAUCAAUUCUGAGUAUGUUCAGCCAGAGGGGCGCAUGUUC